GUCAACGGCCAAUCCAUUCGAUCACCUCGCCCUGGUAAUUGUUCUCCGCAGAAUAAACCCUUCCUCACACAGAGACAAUGGCUUCCAGGAUGGGCCCCCGGAGCGUAAAGGACGCAACCCGAUUUACGUCCACAAUCCCCCACGCAACAUCGAAGGCCGCGCAGAGAACACCACGCAUCCCAGGCGAAACACCCGAGCAGCGAGUGAGGAGACUGCGACAGGCUCAUCUUGCUGCUCAGCAUGCCAGCAUUAGCAAGACGGAUAAGUUUAUCGAUGCUUCGAGGAGAAUCUUCGAUGUAGCGCAUCGUUGGACGGUGGGAAGCAUUGUGGUGUUCACAGUUGUUGCAGCUGUUGUCUCCGGAUACUCUGUCUGGGAUAUGAUUCGUUACAACCGAGCCCGCCGAGCCGAAUGGGUCGAGGCCCAGAAGCUACUUGAAGCCGAUGAGCUUGCUAUGGCACGUCUCGCCUACAUCAAGGGCGAAGCUACAGAGGAACAGAUCCUUCUCGUCGAGGAAGCCAACCAAGCUGCCGAGGCAAGAGGCGAGAAGCUACCACCUUUGCUCGAGGCACCUUCACACCGCACACAUUUUGAAGAACACAUCAAGCCCACAUUUAAAGAAAACACAGAGGAGAAUGUUACAAAGCCAUCAAGUGGGAAGGGUGUACUAGGGAUUUUCUCUGGUGUGCUAGGCGGCGGAGAGAAGAAGGAGGAGUCAACACAAGGCCUCCAGGAUUAUCAGACACAGUCAGUCGAGUCGGGAGCUGUCAAGGUGAGGUUGGGGGAGGCGAUGGCAGCAGAGCGGGAGCGUCAACAAAAUGGAGGCCCCCUAGACAGGCUAGGUGUUGAGCCGCCUGCAGGCUCAACUCCUAGCAAGUCUUGGUGGAAGUUCUGGUGAUGUGUAUAAAAAUCUAAUUGGAAAGAGGAACGGAUGGCAACAUGAAGGAAAACAAAGCGGAGUGUACGUGGUGGGACCAAAAGGAGUGUAUCAUAUGUGUAGAUUGGCAGUGCAUUAGACGGCGUCGGGGGACCAUCUUGUAUGUACCAUCAGGGAACAAGUCUACUUACCAUAUCUAUUCAAUACCAAGCGAUCAAAUAAGCG